GAUUAUUUCUUCUCCAAUAGUGGCAUAAGAGGUGAGCUUCCAAAUUACCUUCGAUCGAGCCUACAUGCCUCUCUUGCUUAUGAAACUCGAAUUGAAGAUUGUUCUCAUGGUCUCAACAAGCCUAAGUCUAUUCAAUGCGACAACAUCGCUCUAGAAUGUGUAUAAAGGAAGGAAGAAGAAGACUAUCAAGUAUUUGGCCUGCAAGAGUGUCGACAAGUCGCAGAAAGAGAAAGUUUUUUCAUGAGUUCUGGAAUAUUGCGUUGGGGGUGAUCUCAGGACAUAUUGCAGCAGGUGUCGCUUGUAGUUUAGCUAUCUUGCUUUCUUGUUUACCUUUAUCUUCCAUGUCUGGUUUUUGCAGUAAGUAUUUGUCCCCAGUUCAUAUAAGUUUCUUCAUUGAUUCAAGAAACUGUUUUUUUCAUUGAUUAUCUUGUUUUCAAUAGACAUUAAAAUUAAA